AUGUCGGGAGGUCGAAUGUGGUUUCGGUUGAAAAUAAAACAUACAUACAACACGACACGAGGACUGCUGGCGUUAUCAACGACGGACGGAAACAGUCGGCGGGGUCCGAGGAGAGGGGCUUAUAGUAGAGAACGAAACACAAGACUCGGCACACGGACCGACUCACCCAGUGUGGAGGCUGAGGCGCAGGUGGCUGGCAGGAACGAGGUCGGCUGGGUCCGGUCAACACACGCUAACAAUAACAAGGAAACUCGUUACAGCGGGCCGCGGGUCGCGCCUCGCGCCUCGCGCCCGCCACGCACGGCCCUCUACUGCCGCGAGCUGACUAUGAGCGAUUUCGCUUUAUCUAAUCGGCGGAUGAUAAAGCGCUGCGACUCCGCGUGUACAGACACACAGGCUCGCGCCCCACACCCCGCGAGGAGCUGCCCGUGA